AUGACGAACACAAAUGAAUGUAAGGAAGGCAAUAAUGAUGUUAUUGUUGAGCACACAAAAAGCCAUUAUUACGAUAAUGAAGUUAAAAAUGCUAUGAAAUCAAAUCGGCACGAGGCCAACUGGAAUAAAAUUGUCGUCAAGACACCAACACAAACCAGCAAGGCUGCUGCUCUCAAUCUCGCCAAAUCACUGAAACAAGAAAAAACUGUUGUUUAUAUACUGUCGAAGAAGACUUCAGCUACGGAAUUGCAAGAUGCCAUUGCCGAAGCACCUCAACAUGUUAAUAAACCAGAAGUCUUCUUUAUUAAAUAUCGCACAGCUGAAGAAGCUGCACAUGCUCAGCGACAAAUUCAAACACAGUACGAUAGUUUGGGUGGCAGUUCCACUAUUACAGAUGAGGGUGUGGCACCAGUAAUAUCUGUUAUAGGUUCAUUAGAUGCUCCUGAGGAAGAGGAAAUUGAUGAACAACAAUUGCAGCAAUUGCCACAGGAACAGAGUUCACAACAACAGCAACAAGUAACGCAAUUGUAUCAGCAAUCGUUGGUGAAUGGUAACAGCAUUGGUAAUCAAUAUUUGCCACCGAGUCAGUAUUAG